UAAGUGUUAAAAAGAGAAGGCUAUAGGCGCUCAUUAAGAGUACAUAUAUAUAUAGAAAGAGAUAGAGAGAGAGAGUGAGAGAGAGAGAGAGGCAGCCAUGGAUACCAAGCUGGAGGCGCGGGGCCAGUUUCCGGCCUCAUUCCCGGACACAUUCAAGAACUUCUUCGCCAUGAUGAACGAAGACGAGGACCAUGUGGGGUUGUUCGCCAACCUGCUGGAGGACAAGGUCAUUCCGCGCCAGAACAGUUCCAUGCAGCCCCAGCGACAGCGGUGCGGUGGCAGCCUGCGGAGCCACAGCGGCGGGGACCGUGCGGACCGCGGCGACCGAGCCGAGCGCCGCUACCAGCAGCAGCUCCAGAAGCAGCAACAGCAACUCCAGCAACAGCAGCAACAGCAGGCGCAGCAGCAACACCCCCAGCAGCCGCACAUCCAGCAACACAACAUGUCCGUCUACCCGAUGCGUGGCCGGAGUGGCAGCGGCAGCGGCGCCGAGCUGAUGAUGUCCCGUGACGCCCGCUACGGCGCCACAUCCGGCAGCCGCUCCAACUCGCUGCGUCUCAACCGGCAGCGCGGCAGCAGCAUCAGCUUCAGCCAGAACGGCCUGAAUCGCCUCGGCUUUGGCCCGGUCCUGCUCGGCCCGAACGUCAGCUCCAGCAGCAGCGGCAGCCUCAUCGACGUGGCCAUGGGAGUGGGCGGUAGUGAUGGUGCCAUUGGUGGGGACCUCCCGGCCGUAUUCAACAGCCAGCGUAGCGCCGCCGGCGGUAGUGGCGGAGGAGGCUCCUCGGGAAACCAGAAAGCCGUGACCGGCAGCUCGAAGGCGGAACGAGGCUGCGGAGGAUCGCUGGGCGGCAGCAGCAGCGGAGGAGGAGGCCUGCUCUGCAAGCACAUCAAGUACUGCUGUCUGCACCAGAAUCCCUCGCAGUCGCCGUCCGUCGACGGGCGGAUGGAGUCCCAACAGCAGCAACAGCAGCAGCAGCAGCAGCCGAAGCAGAUGCUCGUGUCCUUGCCCUGCGACUGCCACUUGCAAUACCAACAACAACAGCAGCAGCAGAAGCGCAUGGGUCCUGACGGCGAGGACAAUGGCGGCGGCAAGCCCUUGAAGGGCUACGGCUAUGGCUAUGCUCCGGUUCCGGCUCCGAUUCCGGCUCCGGCCGUCAGCGUGGGGCUUCCGAAGAGCUCUUCCAGCGACGAGCCGGGCUCCUCGGUGGCGGCAGCGGCCAAGGAGCGUCUGGAGAGGAUCGAGCGGCAGGAGAAGCGGCACUCCACCAUCCUGGAGAGGGCCUUUGAUUUCGACGCCAGUUGCGAUGAGAGCGACAGCAUCUGUAGCAGCACUCCGGGUCCAGUACCCUCGCCGGCUCCCCACCAGCUGGCCUACAACGUGCUCAAGCCGAUCCUCAAGCAGCCGCAGCAGCAACAACAGCCGCCGCAGCAGUUGCAACAGCCCGUGCCCCACGUGGUGCACCGCCUCCUGCCCACUCCGCCCACCCACGGCGGUCUGGGCGCGUUCCACACCCGGGAGGCGGCCCUGCAGCGCGUCCAGCAGCAGAGCGGCUUCGGAAGUCGCCCCAACCUGACCCCCGCCGGCGGAAACUACAUCCAGGGUCCUAGCACCUCGAGCGCUGCAGGAUACAACGCGGGAUACAAUGUGCAGCAGGAGCAGCAGAGGUCGCAGUACGAUUACGAGCCGCAGGAGCAGCAGGACUACAUCCAACAGGAGCCGCAGAACCCGCAGGAUCAGUACUUGGAGUACGACAGGGAGUGGGAGAGUCAGGAAGCCUCCACGGCACCCGCUCUCAGCACCUACGGGGACUUUCUCAACGCCGCCCAGAACCCAACCGGAAGUCGGCAGAGCCUGCGUGCCCAGAAGUCUCCCAUUUUGAACCGACGACGCGCCUCGUCCAUCGCCGCCAACUGUCUGCAUUCGGACUACACCGGCUACGCCAGGAACAGCAUCGGUGGAGCCCCCCUGGGCAGCGAGGACCUGCAGAGGAUCUCUCACAGCAGCAGUGCCAGGGACCGCAUGUCCUUGGCCGGAGUCCUGACCUUCCAGCAGGCCAUGUCUGGGGCCGUGUCCCCGCAGUAUGGUACCGUCGGCUCCCUCAACCCGCCCGGCACCGGGGACUUGAUGAUGCCAGGACCUGGAUCUGGAGGCGGGCUCCUGGGCGGCAGCUCCCUCAACGUCACCGUGGGCGUGGGCCUGCUGGGCGGCUCCAGCACCACUCUGGCCGCCGUCGCCGAAGUCACCAGCGGCCCGGAUGCCACCGAUUCGCCCACCGGCGAUUCCAGCGACUCCUUGUCCCCCAUCUCGGAGGCCAUGGGCGGAGCCGGCUCCAAGCUCCAGCAGAAGAAGAAGCAACAGCAGCAGCAGAUGCAGCAGCAACAGCACGUGCCGACCCACUUGCCGCGGGAACGGGAGCGCGGUGUGGGAGAGUCGUCCGGGGCCAGCACGUCGGUGUCCACGCUGGCCGCCGCCGUGGUGGCCGCCUCCCAUCCGCCGGGCAGCCGCAUUCUGGCGGAGCGGCAGCGGCUCCGGACCUCGAGCAUGCCGGCGGAGAGUCGCAGGCCUCGUCUGGCGGAGAUGCGGCGCUCGGCCAUCCAUGCCGGGGACCUGGACAUGGAGUACUACCGUUUGCGCAGCUUCAGUAUCACCUCGCACGGCGUCUGCAACCUGGGCGAUUCCUUAAGGAGCCGCAGGUCGCGUUCCAUCAACUCCGUGACAUCGACGGGCACUUCAAACAGCGGCGUGGACCGUCACAAUAGCAACGCAUCGCGUGUAUCCGGCGAAGUCAUCGACGGUGAUCCUGGGGCCCAAGGACAACAGCAGAACGGCACACCACCCGUCCCCGCCUACAAGGUGGCGAUGCUCGGCAGCUCCGGCGUGGGCAAGACCACCCUGACCUACCAGUUCACCACAUCCGACUAUAUAUGCGCCUACGACCUGAGCCUGGAUGACGACUAUGGCCAGAAGACGGUCUCUGUCCUGGUUGAUAACAUUGAGACGGACUUGGAAAUUAUCGAUCACCCAGCCUGCGAGAUGUCGACGGAGGCCUUCUGCGCCACAUACAACAUCGACCUCUUCGUGGUCGUCUACUCGGUGGUGGACAAGAACACCUUCAAGGCCGCCGAGCGGGUGCUCCAGUACCUCAAGGAGAACGAGAUGCUUCUCACCCGCGGCGCCAUCCUAGUGGGCAACAAGACGGACCUCGAGCGCCAUCGCGAGGUCUCCAGACAAAUGGGUCGAAAGGUGGCCAAGGAGAUCGCCUGCAAGUUCAUAGAGACCUCGUCCGGGCUGGACCACAACGUGGAUGAGCUGCUGGUGGGAGUGGUGGCGCAGGUGAAGCUCAACCCGCAGCGCCUGCGUCUGCUCACCGAGCUGGAGCUGCAGCGGCUGAACCUCCAGAGUACGAUCCAGAAGCACCGGGGCAUGCACCUGCCGUUGCGGCGGAUGGUCCGCCAAAUGAGUGUCUGCCAAGGCGAGGAGGAGACGCUCGGGGGCUUUGAGGAUCUGGCCAUGCAGAUGCGUGGGGGCGAGCGGGUGGACAACCCCAACCGGCGGCCACUCAACCUUGAGAGCAUCCUGCGGAUGGGUGGCGAGAGCGACCUGGAGGAGGGCGGGACGAGCAGCGGCGUCAGCAUUGGCCGGCUGGGCAAGUUCGAGAUCCUGGCCGCCAGUCUGCGGCACCGGCAUCCGUUCCGAAAGCGGCGGUCCUUCGAUGGCGCCACUACCACCUCCGCGGCGGCUGCUGCGCUGGCUGAGCUGCAGCGUCGACAGCAGCUGCGGGCCGUGGACGACUCCCAGCUGGGAGCGCGGCGAGAGGAGCGGUACGGCGCGGUGCGGGACGGAGGCGCCGACAGCGAUGACGAGGAGGACGGUGAUGGUAACGGCGGCGGGGGACGCAGGAGCAGCUGCAACCGGAAGGUGGUCAAGAAGCUGACGGCCAGGACCAAGGUGUUUAUAUCCUCGGUGCUGCGCUUCAAGAAGGCCAUCAACCUGAAGCGCCGCAACUCCUCCAGCUGCAGCGAUCUCUUUGUGAUUUAAGGCGAAGGAUUGGCUGGAGGCUUGUCAGGGCGAGAGGAUCUGGGAGGUCCUGGAAGAUAAGGAGGAGAGAGACUGACUGUAUAUAGAAGCAAAGGCACGGAGGAGGAGGAUCACAGAGGACGACGAGACGGAGGAAGAGGCAGGGGAGCAGUGGCAGCGGAAGCAGGAUGGAAGGAAUGGCCAGGAUUACCGCCUGGCAGUGAAUCGGAUCGGGAGUAGCAAAAGGAAUAUCGAAGCAGCAGCGCAACCAAAUCGUGGCGGCGACGAAAGCGGCGGCGGAAGCGGCUCAACCGGAAGCGGAAGCUAAGCAGAGGAUGUUUACGUACGGCGUCGGAGUCUCCCGGCUCCGGCAGCCGCAAAAAAACCCCACAUUCACACACAAACACUUAAAGCAAAGAAUCUACAGGGAGGAAACCUUAAUUAUAAACACAAUUUAGAAAAAUUAUUUAAUCGAUGAAUGAGGAAUGCAGGCAAAAACAACUUCCAACCGCAGCCAAUUGCAGAAUUACACAUUUUUUGCAUUUUGCAAUUGGCAAUGAAAUUAUUAAGCACACAACACGAACCCCAAUUAUCCAUUAUCCAUUAUCCGAAACCCCAAAAACCCUAUAACCCAAAAUUCCAAGACCGGCAACUGCGGACAAUAAUUUUGACCAUACCCGAAAAAUAGUAAACCCCCCGAAAAACAGGUCCCUUGAAACGACACUCGCAACAAAAUAGGUAAUAAAAGGCAGAAUACAAAAAAAAAAAAAUAAU